UUUUGUGUGGAACCCAAUUGUAAAACUCAAGUGUGUACAAUAUCCGAGUAGAGGCUACAUUUAAACGUGUUGUUAAUUCAAGUCAUUCGGAAGGCACAACAACCAUCACAAUUUUCUCUGUGGUUUCUCUCUUGUUUAUAAAAGUAUGAAAAAAUGGGAAAGGCUGUAUCUCCUGGGCGGGGUCAGCAUCUAAUAAAACUACUGUAAACCGACGCGCUACUCUAUUAGCCGUUGCAGAACUGAGCUGUCAAAACAGGAUCGCACCUAGAACGACAAGAUGCUGGUGUUUUUUGCUCUUGUGGCGUCCGCGUCGUUUAUGACCGCGGCUUCGGACCGCGUUCCCCGCGGCUGCGGCACUUGCGAUACCUCUGCCUGCGACCCUCUCCCAGCUGACGGCUGCGAGUUCGGCACGGUCCAGGAUUCCUGCGGCUGCUGUUCACUGUGCGCGGCCGGUCAGGGAGAGCCUUGCGGUGGGCGGGGGUCCUCAGCAAAGCGAUGCGCUGCUGGAAUGGAGUGCGUCAAGAGCAACAAAGCGGACAAAGCUAAAAAAAGCAAACUCGGAGUUUGCGUCUGCAAGAGCGACUAUGAAGUUUGCGGCAGCGAUGGAUUGACUUACAAAACCGGGUGUGAUUUGAAAGUGGCCAGUCUGAAAGCCGUCAACCAAAAAAAGCCAGAGAUUAAAGUCCAGAAUAAAGGAAAAUGUCCACAAGCUCCUACCAUCGUCACGGCGCCAGGAGAGGUAUGGAACGUUACAGGCUCUCAGGUGUACCUGAGCUGCGAGGCCAGUGGAAUCCCCACCCCCGUGCUCACCUGGAAGAAGAUCCUCAGCAACAAGGGAAAGACUGACCUGCUCCCUGGUGAUAAAGAUAACCUGGCUAUCCAGACCCGCGGUGGACCAGAGAAACAUGAGGUUACAGGCUGGGUUCUGAUUUCCCCUCUCACCGAGGAUGAGGAUGGUUCCUACGAGUGUCAUGCCACCAACUCCAAGGGCGAGGCUUCAGCUGUGGGCAUCAUCCAUGUGGUGAAAUCCCUUGACGACAUUCCCAAGAAAGAAGUUCCUGCCGGCAAGGAGGAGGAGCUGUGAGGUGUGCAACAGUGCACCCCCUGGUGGUAGCUUCUGGAGCGAUCGGGAGUGGUGACGGAGAUCUGCAGUUGGAACCCUCCCCCUCCCCCCAUUACACACAUAUGUACCUCUGACCACCCCCCAAACCCCCAAUUCCUUUCAUCUUCAGUGUAUGAGAGAGAUUUUCUUUUCUUCUCUUUUUAAAUAUUUUUUUAUUAAAAUGUGUACAACUGUCUGUGGGAGGGGUGUGAAAAAACACAGUUUGAAAGUGGCACAACUGGCCAGAGGGAGAAGCUGGGUACAGCACACUGGAGCUCAGGCUGUGUGCUAUCGGUCACACACUUCAAAAAUUUCACACAGAAAAAAGAACCUCAAUAAACAAGCAUAUCCUAAAUUCCUUUCUAUAUAAGGUCUCGGGACAGCAGAACAUGGAGGUUUAACCCACCAGUUUCCAGGUUUAAGUGCAUAUUCACUGAAAUUACUUCUUUAACCCAAUGGCCAGAUUGAGAAUAGACAAGCCACUGCCAGACAGAGCUGAGAAAUUCCAAUGGUUUGUAAUCCCUCAGUGUAUAUUUCUUUGGAUUGCAUAAAGAAAUGUAUAGCAGACAGGAAAAGGCAUGCAGCAAUUUAGGACUGCGAGACUGUUUUUAAGGUCUCGGAAAGUCGGAUAUCGGAUGGUUUGCGGUAAUUUAGGGAAUAGGAUGAGGGCAAGCACUUCAGUAUUGUUUUUUUCAAUAGCCAGGGAUAUUUGCUUUUUAUACGUUUCUCAUUAUAGGCAUUUAUUUAAUCUAGUUUUAGACCAACUUUUCCCCCGCCGAAGAUGUUCACUUUGCGUGUACAAUGUAGCACAAGAAAACCCAAAAGAAACUAAUGUGCCCAUUACUCAUGUAUUGAGAGUUUUGAGAUUAAACUACUGGUGCUUUUGUUGUUUAACUGUUUUAGCUGUUCUAUGUUCCCUUGUUCUAACUCAACCUGGGGGAUUUAGGCAUUACUUCAAAGUGACAGAAAGAACUGAAUCUGUAAGCAGUGAAGAAAGAGACUACUAAUUUUUUUUAUGAUGUAAUGCACAUUGUACUUUUCUUUCACUAAUAAAUAUACAUUUACAUCUA